GGGGGGGGGGGGGCCGCCGAAUGGGGCGGCUUCGAGGACAACAUGCAGGGUGGCGGCUCCGCCGUCAUCGACAUGGAGAACAUGGACGACACGUCGGGCUCGAGCUUCGAGGACAUGGGGGAGAUGCACCAGCGCAUGAAGGAGGAGGAGGAGGAGGAGGCGGAGGGCGAGGCGGGCGCCGGCGAGGAGGAGGACGGGGAGUUCCUGGGCAUGAAGGGGCUGCGGGGGCAGCUGGGCCGGCAGGUCGCUGACCAGAUGUGGCAGGUGGGGAAGAGACAAGCCUCCAGGGCCUUCAGCCUCUACGCCAACAUCGACAUCCUCCGGCCCUACUUCGAUGUGGAGCCCGUCCAAGUGCGAGCCAGACUGCUGGAGUCCAUGAUUCCUGUGAAGAUGAUUAAUUUCCCACAGAAGAUUGCAGGCGAGCUGUACGGACCCCUCAUGCUGGUUUUCACACUGGUGGCCAUUCUUUUGCAUGGAAUGAAGACCUCAGACACCAUCAUUAGGGAAGGCACACUGAUGGGCACAGCCAUUGGCACCUGCUUCGGUUACUGGCUGGGCGUCUCAUCUUUCAUGUAUUUCCUGGCAUAUCUGUGCAAUGCCCAGAUCACGAUGGUGCAGAUGCUGUCGCUGUUGGGCUAUGGUCUUUUCGGACACUGCAUCACUCUCUUUGUCACCUAUAACAUCCACUUCCACUCCCUCUUCUAUAUCUUCUGGUUGGUUGUUGGUGGACUCUCUACACUACGAAUGGUUGCUGUGUUGGUGUCACGCACCGUGGGACAUACCCAGCGGCUCAUCCUGUGUGGGACUCUUGCUGCUCUGCAUAUGCUUUUCCUCCUCUAUCUGCACUUUGCUUAUCACAAGGUGGUAGAAGGUAUCCUGGACACAUUGGAAGGACCCAACAUGCCCCCCUUUCAGAGAGUUGCCCGAGACAUUCCAGUUGUUUCUAAUGCUGUAUUGAACACAACAGCCAAAACCAUUGCAUUGACCCUGUAGUUUUACAGACUUGGACUUGCUUCCUUCACUACUUUUGGGGCUGCUUAGGGCCACAGUAACCUGCUGCCUCUUAGGAACAGGACAGAACAGCAAGAAGAGAACUUGGUUUUGCUUUCCUGGACCUGUCCUCUGCAUUACAGUUUUGGGCAGCUGAGUGGACUCAGCAGAGGUGAGUCGCACCUCAGUGACUCAGAAGAGCUGCACUCUUCCCCCAUCCAGGUCUGGGCUGUCUUGAGUAGAUGGUUCUGUUGCCUGCAUGUUUAGCUGGGAUUUCCCAGCACAGUUUGUUCCUUAGCCCUCUUUCCGCUAGCUGAUGUAACUCCAGGAGUAUCUGCCCUGUUCCUGUCCUGAAGAGGGAAGAAUUAAAUUUGAUGUUGGUGCUGA